CCGUGGGGUGGCUGUUGCUUUGCGGCCUGCCUGCCUGCCUGCCUGUUUGCCUUUAUUUGUCUGGCUGAGCGUUCGUUGAUAGCUAGCUAGCUGAUUGGGGGACGAAUAGAGCCCCCGGCCCCCUUGACAGCCUUAUAACACGAGUGCCUGCUGACUAGCUGACAUUCCACCAGCCACUGAUGAAUGAAUGGCUCAGCCGAACAACACAACACACGCACAGGGCUGUCCUGUGGACACACACGUUGAUAUAAUAAAGCCGCAUCGAUCGCAUGCACAUACAUCUGAGUAGUUGGUGGGUCCAUUACGUACGUCACGCCUUCCGUCAACUUAAAGCUAGGCAUCGAGAGAGAGAGGCAUCAUAUGCACAACACAAAAUGUAGGCAGGCGGUCUGCACACGCAUACAAACAUUAUAGACAGACAGAUAGCCUCCGUUGAUUGACUGGCGUGCACUGCACCAGACAGACAGACAGACAGCCCACUCACCUCACGCACCCAUCCCACCCACCCAUACUUCACAUGACUGACACCAGCGAUCGUGUGAAGGCAGCUGGCCAGCCAGCUAGGCAGAGCAAUGAACACAACACACACACACACACAUACACACACAUACGCAAAGAGGUCCCCAUUGCAAGGCAAACAACACAAGGCAACAACUAUCGCACCAAGCUAUUGACAGAGAGGGAGAGGGAGAGAGAGAGAGAGAGACGGGGAAAUAAAUACAAAAACCCCAGACAGACAGAAUGAGCACACGAGUGCUCAUUCCUGUCGGCCAGUCUGUGAGUCUGCGAGGUCUGUCUGUCUGUCAUUCCUCCUCCUCUUGGUAAGGGAAGCUGGCCCUCUGUUCGACGUAGGGGACCCGUGGGUUGGGCUGCAGCAUGUAGGCGCCCUCGCCCUCGGCGUCCUUGUUGCGGUUCACACACCACACUACCACACCUAUGAUCAACUGCAUUGCAGCACACAUCAAUUAGCACACACAAACAGAGAGAGGCAGACAGACAGACACGUGUGUGCGGUGCGGUCCUUGAGCUGACCACCAUGAGCACGACGAUGCCUGCUACAAGCGACACGAUCGCCGCCCAACCCAUAUUGUAGCGACUCUGCACACACCCAUACUAUAGAGAUCACGUCUCUCUCUCCCUAUAUCUCUGUCUGUGUGUCCGACUGACCUUGCUGACGUUUCCUGGCAGCUCGGACACUAGCAGGCCGGAGGCCACGUAUCUUGACGUCACCUUUGUCAGCGGCUGGGCGUUGCGCGAGGCCCCCUCACUGUUCUGGAUCUCACGAUAGUUGCCAUUGCUCCCUGCCAUGCCAUGCCCACACGCAACGCAAGACACGCACAGCACAGCACAGCACAGAGGAUGGAGAAACAAAUGCGUGGAUUGCGGCAGGUAGGUACCCAGGCAGGUAGGCACCUACCCUACCUGGGUAUGCGAGUGCGCUCUUCCAGACGUCCAGCUGCGCCUUCUUGGCGAACAGGGGGUCCUUCAUGACAAACCUGACUCACACAGACACACACACACACAGACCGUGUUUAUGGCACCGUCGAUGCGGUGUGUGCAUCGCAUCGCAUCGACGUGCGCUGCGCACCAUUCGACGGUUUCUGAGCAAGGCGGUGUGGUGAGUGAGCCCUUGUAGUUGUAGAAUAUGUCGGUGUCGCUGAUGAGGUUGUUGAGGUCAAACUGCUCAAAGUUGACGUUCACCUCAACCUCAGCACCAGACUCAGGCAACGGCUGCACAAAACACACGUCCAGAGAGGAUGGAUGGAUGGACAGAUGGACGAACGGCAGGGAAGGUACGCCUUUCUUUCACACACGCCCCGCACCUCACCUUUUGGCCCAGGAAUGUGAGCAGUGGGUGUGCGGCUGUCGCCCCGCUGGAUGUGAAGGUCACUGACACUACCGCUGCCGCACCCUCCUUAUUGAGGUGCAACAGGUGCAUCUGAUUACCAUACGCAGUUUUUACCCAGCCAGCCAUGCACACAUCACAUGUAUCUAUGCGUCUGUCUGUGUUUCUCUCUGCUGGCCCUGCGCAUCCAUCGCAUCUAGGUCACCUACCUCUAGUUCUCUGUGCUUGGUGGGCCCCCCGAAUGUGUGUUCGGUGGGUGCGUGGAAGUGCAACUGCUCCAGCACAUACUCGGCACCCGCAAACGUCAGAUUGCCGAAAAUAAGACCCGUCGCCUUCACCUGAUCACAUGAUCACACACAUGCGACCACACACAAGAGAGAGGCCAUCUUUCUCUGUCUGUCUGUCUGCAUACAGUGUGUGUGUGAGUGAGUGUGUUGUGUGUGGGCACCUCGAGAGUGUGUCCGUUGUUGAGGAAUAUGACCUUGGCGGGCGGCUUGUAGCUGUACUGGAAGGUCUUGUCCAUCGUCAUGGCCUUGCUGUCGUCGCUGUGUCAUCACAUACAUCAUGCCACACAAACCAAAAUACACACACCACCCAUGAGUUCCAUGGUUGCUUCCUCCUGCCCUGAUCCAUUCAUCCAUCCAUCCAUCCAUCCAACCAUCCUACACAUUGAUAGGGCUCUGCCUCGCCGUGUUGCCGCAUUGCCCGAUGUUGGUCCAAUCUGCGCCCUACAAAAUGAAUGCACACAGAUCAUAUCACUGACCAUGGUGUCAUGCAAGCAGCGCAGCCUCCUCACCUGUCGGCCGUAAUCCCAGUGCGGCAUCUGUGUCGGCGCAGGCGUCGUAGUGGUUGUGGUUGUGGUUGUGGUUGUUGUUGUGCUAGUUGUUGUGGGAGGCUUUGUUGUGGUGGUACUUGUGCUGGUGGCUGGCGGCUUUGUUGUCUGUGUCUGAUUGGACUGGGUACCGCCAACACGCGGUGCGUCUAUGAGGAGAAUGGCGAGGGCAGCCAGGGUUGCCCUGGCGAGGGAUCCGCUGCACAGCCACGCCAUUGCGGAUAAAUUACGAUGGAUGAAUGGAAAACGCGUCGAGGGAGAAAGGCCGAGCUUGG